UAAUCAUUUUGUUUUUAAGAUCUUCUUUAGGUUUUGUUGCGUUAGGAAAGAUGACACCAACUGGUCUGUCUUUUAUAUCUGUAAUAAUAUUCUUACAAUUUGGAUUAUCGAUACAUACAUGUCCUGAAUGUGUAUGUUGCAAAAACGGAAAGUACGCGUGUGAUUCCGAUAAAACGUGUGUCGACGGAUGUACAGCUGGGUAUUUUGGCGACAAAUGCACAGAAAAGUGUCCAGAAAAUUGCAAUACUUGUAAAACUAGAUACAGUUGUACAGAAUGUAAGCCUGGGUACUAUUCUACAAAAUGUAAUAUACCGUGCGGAAAAGGAUGUGUAAAUAAUACAUGCUCGACAACAGGGGAUUGCCCGUGUAAAUCAACUGAUUUUAUCAAAGGUAAAUGUGAUUAUUGUUCCGAGAAUAAAUAUGGUGAUGAAUGUAACAAUACUUGUCCAGUUAACUGUGUAUCCUGUACAUCAGACAGCUACUGUUCUGUUUGUAAAAGCAACGCAUAUUACGGACCACAUUGUCAGUACAUAUGUCCACACGGCUGCAACGGUGGUAACUGCAGUAAAAAAAAUGGACAUUGCAGUAGGGGAUGCAAGCUUAAAUUUACUGGGCAUAAAUGCGAUACCUGCUCAUCUGGAUUAUAUGGAAAGUAUUGUGAUUUAAAUUGCUCGGGGAAUUGUUCAGCCUGUACUUCGGGAUCAACUUGUACACAGUGUAACAAUGGCUUCUUUGGGGAAACAUGUAAUCGUGUUUGUCCAUCUGGCUGUAACGGAUCAUGCUCAUUUACUGAUGGCCGUUGCUUUGUUUGUAAACCGGGAUUAGCGGGAGACUUUUGCAACAACACGUGUGAAGAUGGAACAUAUGGGGUCAACUGUUCCAAAUCGUGUCGUAAUAUAGAACUAAAGUGCCAAGUCUGUAGCACAAAUGAAUCAGGUAGCUAUAAAGAGUGUAUAAAAUGUGACAGUGGAUAUUAUCUGGUCACCCCCUACGGAAAAAAUCAAAGUAUAUGUACACAUUGUCAAUAUAACUGUAAAGACAAUGUAUGCAAUGAUGCUGGUGUUUGUACACUUGGAUGUGUGCAUGGAAAAUGGGGUGAAAGAUGCGCGGAAAAUUGCGCUAAAAAUUGUGAAAAAUGCAGUCAAAUUGAAGGAAAAUGUUUAGAGUGCACGCGUGAGACGUUCUCUGACGAUUGCUUAAGAAAAUGUAGCACACAUUGUAAUGAUAGUGACAAUAGCCGAGUUUGCACAAGUGAUACGGGGAUGUGUUUACAGGGAUGUAAGUCGUUUACAAGAUACGGGAAACACUGUGAAAAACAUUGUAACGAUACUUGCAACAAUGGAGGGUGUGAUUGGAAAACGGGACAGUGCUCGGAUGGGUGUAAAAUGAAUUAUUUUGGGCUGUUUUGCAACGAUUCAUGUCCUCAUACAUGCAAGUCAAACGAAAGUAAACGCAUAUGUGAUGGUGUAAAUGGGCAUUGUUUUUAUGGAUGUAAAGACGGUUUUCAUGGCAGUAGAUGUGAGAACAGAUGCAGCAGUCAAUGUAAAAAUACGACUUGUAACCAGGUUACAUUGGAAUGUCUGCUUGGUUGUAUCGAAGGAUAUGAAGGGGUGAAAUGUUCUAAAGCUAUACAAGAGGACAACAAGCUUCUAAUAACUAUCUCUACAGCUGCUGGUGUGGGUCUUGUUGUAAUCAUCUUGCUAAUUAUUCUAUCAUGUUGUCUGGUAAAACGAAAGAGAAGACAAAGACCACCAACUGAUAAAACAUGCACAGGAAAUGAAAACACACAGAAUAUGCAAAUGAGUGCCAUCAACUACGAAGAGAUUGAAUCAGCUUCAACUUAUGCCGAGCCUUUAGAACCGAAGAAACAGUUGGAUGGUGGUGCAAAAACAGUGUAUGACACAACAUAUGAAGACCAACAGAAUGUUCCCGAUAAUAGUAGUGAAUAUGCUGUUGUUAAUAAUGAAAAGUUUAUUAAGGAACCAAAGGUAUUCACUGAAGAGGUCUAUGACACAACGCACGAUAAGAAGGACAACCGACCAUUAAAAGGUAGCAAUGAGUAUGCCGUACUCAGUGUUAGGUCUAACAAACCUGCUGAUGUUGGUAAUCAAAGCGGGACAUUUUCGGAAGGUGGAGAUGAUGUUUAUGACACUACAGAAGAAAACCAAAACAAAGCAAUUCUUCAUUCAUUCAGUGAUUAUGCUUCAUACGACGGCAAGCUAAGGGGAAACAGUAAAACAGACUCUGCAGAUGCAGUAUAUGAUACUACAGGUGAUGGAACUGAUAAGAAAAACGUUCCAAUAAACAAUGACUAUGAUGUGUUUAGCACAGAUAGUAAACAAAUAUAGUAAGGAUACAGAAAAAAGCACGAUACUUAUCAUCAUUACACAGAACAUAAAAAUGUAUCGUCUAUACCCACAUAAGUAAACGCGCCUUAUGACGGCGUAAAAAACGAACAUAACUUAUAUGCCUAAAUGUUUUUUUUUGUUACAAAAUACGUUCAUAUUUGACAAAAGAAAUACAAAAUUCGUAUCCGUAUUCAAUACUUUGUAUUCCUCGACUAGCUUGUGUUCGUACAUUUCCGUAUUUCCGGGUCAGCCGAAUAUCGAAGGGAACAACCUUAAUUUAUUUACCAUGCGGUCUCUCAAACGUGUCACAGCAUUGAUUAAAUUACAAUUAAAGUGACAUUUUUGUCAUUUUUUCCCUGUUAAAUUGAGUUGAAUUCGUUAUAUAUUUCCAAAGAUUGACAGUUAUUAAUAUCACGACUCACAAAUAAUUGAUAAUGAAAAAAAUGUUUAUUAUGCAAUAUAAAAAAACAACAUAGAAUGUAAAAAGACUCUUUUUACGAAAUAUAUGUGCCUACACAUUCUGAACGAUAUUUAAAGUCUGUUGGUCGCCUGCAUUAUUUUUUUCAUAGAAUAAUAUUUAAUUGAACACAAGUAUGGCAACAUCUCAAGUUUUUUUGUUUUUAUUUUUACCUGUUCGCUGACUAUUAACACUUGUGAGUAAGACCUAACCUAAUACAUAUCAUGUCAUAAUAAGAUGCCAAACUAUUCCAUAAUUUUGUCUGAAUAAUAUUUUUGUUUCAAAAUCGAUACUGCGGACAUUUACUCGUGGAAAAGGCGGUAAGAUUCGCGCGCUCCAUGACGUCAAACAUUUUCAUGCUCGUUUCAAAGCACAACACUACUUAAGUGCGUAAUAUUUGUGUUUCUUUAAAAUAAAUACUACGUAUGUUUAGUGAAGCAAUACAAUAUACAGCUUAUACAUUAUUGUGCCAUUUCAAUAUACUGUAUUAUGCUACUUUAUUAGACUGUAAUGUGCAAUAUUACUUAAGUAUAAUGUACUAUAUUUAUUUCAUUGGACAGUAUUGUGCUAUAAUAAUCAUUGAACUGUAUUAUACUACACAUACUUUAUUGGAUUGUAUUGUGCUAUUUUAUUGGACUGUAUUGUGCUAUUGUAUUGGACUGUAUUGUGCUAUGUUUUUGAACUUUUUUGUGCUAUUUUAUUGGUCUGUUUAAGGAGUUUAGGCUUAGUUGUUCUAUCUUCCUUAAGGACAUUGAGUACUUUUGUUAUGGUCAUUGGGCUUACUUUCAUAUGUGUUUUACAUAAUCAUUAUGGUGUUUUAUUUAUUUAACCGUUUGUGACCAUAACAACUGUUAGAAUUUAACUUGGCGGGGAUUAAUUUUUUUACAGGAAAUAUGAUAAUUUUAUAGGAACAUGAUAGGGCUAAGAUUGAGGUUUGGUGCACGAUUAACCGGUUUAAAGUCCCCAGCAGUACUUGUGCUGCUGACCGUUCCGAGGCGGCGCCCCUCUCUGUUCCUCAGAUGUAUGUCUGUGUUGUUUCAUGCUGUUUUGGUGACACUUUUGCUUGAGUCCUUUUCUCCUGUGCCCUUUGACUUUGUUGGCCUAUUACUCAAUCAUUUAUUUUUCUUUGAAUUUCUUAUCAGUUACAAAUUAUUUUCUAUUAUUCAAUCAUUCAUUUGUUUUCUUUGAAUUCCUUAUCAGUUACAAAUUAUUUAUCAGUUUAGUAAUUGACCUGCUCGUGUUUGUGCCCUGUCCCAUUUUUGUUUGGUGCCCGUCUGUAUUUCUUGCCUCUGGAUCUUGUUGCUGGGUCGUGUGGGGUUGCGUUCAUUGAACGUCGCUUUUCCUUCUUGAUCUUAUUUAUCAUGUUUGUUGAAUAGUAAACUAAUAUAUUGUUAUUGUAAACUAACUAUAUGUUGUUUCAUUAAAUACUAUACUUUGUU